GUGGACAUUGUGGACUUUUCUAUUACAAUAACAUGUACAAUCAGAUACUUUUAACAGAUCCUUCCUAAAUUGAAUCGUCUGGUUUGUUCUAUUUUAUGUAAUAUGCCAAGAACUAUUGUUUAUUAAAAUUGCAACUAAAUUUUGUAAACGAUUUCCAGAUUGAAUUUUUAUGACACCUCACACAUUUGCGACCAAGUGAUUUAAAUUUAGAUCUUAAAUGUAUACAGACAACAAUUCUAUGGUAUUCUAAUCAAGACAAACAAUGACUAUAACUUUCAACUAUAGUAAUGGUGAAAUUGUGUCAUCGCCAACAGUCAUCGUCAGUGGUAAGACAUCCACAAAUGUGAAUGGUGGUAUCGUUUCGUUUACCAAUAAUGCUAACAAAGUGUUCCCUCCGCAACAUUUCGAAAUCAAUGCGCAAGGAAACUUCAAAGCAUUACUUCAUGUAUCACCUAACGAAGUCAAUAAUUUCAGUGUCGAGGUUGCAGAAAAUGGAAAAGUAUCACCAUUGGGGUAUGCUGAAUAUGAUGGAAGUGAACCUAAAAUCAUUGAUAAAGGGACUUUAUCAUUAACAUUCAAUCCUUUACCGCAAAAUAAACCAGUCCAUUUAUGUUUAAUUGUGGGUAAAGAUUCUCCAGGUACUUAUGAUAUGCCUAAAUAUAGACUUGAUAGAGGUGAAAGAAAUGAUUUGGAUUCUGCCAUUAAAAAGUUAAAAGUAGGUGGAAGAUUAAUGCAAGCAUUUACUCAAGAAGAAUUCAGAAACGUUGGUCUUAGUAAUAGAUCAUUCCAAUUUGUUGAAGAAACAGUUGAUUCUCAGAGAAUAUUCGGUUAUGAUGUUAUUUCUCCAACCGCUCAUCAAGAAGUCAAAGUCCAUGUUUUAAGAUCGCCUAAGACAGUAGUGGAAUUAAGAGACCCUAAUAUUGCUCAACAAAAUCCAAAUGCCAAAGAUAAUGGUGGAUUGUUUUCUCAUGCCUUAGAGCUUAUCAAAAACACCCCGGAAUUAUUUGAUAAAGUAAAUGGCCUAGGAACUAGUAUCCAAUGUGCUUGUAUUUAUUUGGAUUCUACUUGGGAUCGUGGAAAUAAGUUAAUCUUAACUCAUGCUGCCCUUGGUGGUGGUCAUCAAGAUAUCAAAUUGGCUAUUUUUGGAUCCCAUGGGUUACAUUCCUGGCCAGUAAACUUCCCUAGAGUUGCUCCAAGUUUCUUAGAUGUUACUAAAUUAUCAAUUAAUGAAGUAGCCAACGAUUGUAAUCAAUGUGGAACGAGUUGGGAAUGCUUAAAUAUUACAUUGGGUGCCUUUAUGCACGAAAUCGGACAUUUAUUCGGAAGUCCUCAUCAAGUUAACGGUGUUAUGCUUAGAGACUAUAUAUGGUUCAAUAGAAGUUUUAUGACUAGAGAGCUUCAAUGUUUAAGAACUGGUAGUGGAGGUGCUACUGUUGAUCUACAAGGUAAAUGGCCCACGGUCUGUCACUGGAACCUCCUAGAUUUGAUUAGAUAUUUAUAUCAUGAUUCAUUCAGUUUACCAAUUGAUAGCUUUGAUAAAUUAUUUGCUACAACUCAGUUACCAAAUUCAAGCUAUCCUUUGAAUAAUGUGCCAGUUCUGUAUAAUGUUCCUAACGGUGGUGCUGUUAUUAAAUCUGAUGCAGGGAUUUAUUUGGUUGAAUAUGUUACCAAAGACUUGGCAUACAAUCAUCAAGUAUGGUACCCACAAUCUUACGGUGGUGAUGGUCUUCAAAGAGAAAUCAAACUUGAUUUCCAAACGAGUUAUGAGUUCUUAAAACAAAAGAAAAGGGAUGCUGAAGCAAAUUUCUCGGUAAGAAUACUUUCAUUAGCUGGAGACUUGUAUAUUGACAAUUUCAAAGCUCAUUGUGACUCGCUGCAUAAGGACGAUUUGAUUGAAGGUGACUUUGGCUUAAAUAGAGGAACGAUAAGGGGUUACAAAACAUCCUUAUUAGGAAGAAAGAAUAACAACGGUCAGCAAGUGAUCGGAUUUGAUAUUAAAACUAUAUACAAAGUUCGAGUUUAUCAUGGAAAUGCUUUAGAUGGGGUGAAGUUCUUCUAUAAGAGUGAAAGCGGUGCAACUUCAAAUGCACCACCUGUGGUUCCUCCUAGAAACUAUUUGAGCAAAAUCUUGAAUAAAGCUACUUCAAAUGCUGAUGUACUGGGAGAAGAACGCUCCUCUUUACUUGGUAAAGAAAGACCUCAUUAUACUGAUUUCCUCUUACAACCAAAUGAACAAAUAACAAAAUUCAAUUUCAGGAACGGUGCUUGGGUAGAUGCAAUUCAAUUUGAGACUACUACCGGUAGAAAGUCUCCAAUGUACGGAAAGGCUGAUGGAGGACAUCUUUCUAGUUUAGAAGUACCAAGUAGUGAGUUCACUAUUGUAGGGAUGUAUGGUUUCGUAGGUGGUUGGUUAGAUGGUAUUGGAUUGAUUUAUAGUCAUGAUUUAUAGAAUAUAGAUUAGAUUCCUAUAAUGUAUUCACGCGUCAUCAAUUUGACGUUCUAAAAUCUUAUUUCUAGCUUGGUUAUAUUCGAUAGGAUAUUUCUUUAUGACUCCUUCUUCUGAUUCUCUUUUUGCUUUCAUAAAUGGGAAUAUGGCUCCUUUUUCGUUUCCGCUUUUCAAACUUGAAAUCCGUUUCUCUAUAUCAGUUAUAUCAUGUCUCAUUUGUUCAAUCUUACUUAUAUUAGAAUUAGCAUCGAUUAAGAAGUUCUCUUUAUAUAGGGAUUGUAGAUUCUUGAGCUUUAUAAUGACUUGAUUUCUUUUCUCUAUUAGUAUUUGAUUUUGAUUGUUCAAUUUUCCACUUACUUGUGCCUCUAAAGCAAGAGAUUUAUCUAAUUGAACAGAAUCCAAUGCAUGGGACAAAGAAUUC